UAAAUCAAAACACUCCUGCGCCCCAAGUUCUUCAAUCAUUCUCCAAUCUCUUCGUUUUCAUUCGUUUUCAUUCGAUCGGUUUCAUUCUCCAAACCCUAGACGGCCGACCCCUUUAUCGUCCCAUCGAGAGAAAACUGGAAAACCAUACCGUUAUGAAAAUCAAGAUCGAAGACGAUUUACUUCUCAAAACUUUCUUCGCCGAAGUCAGCGAAGUUGAAAGUGACAACGAAGUCCUUAGGAUUCUAUCUUGUUUUAAAUUGAAUCCGUUUGAGCAUCUAAACCUAUCAUUUGAUUCAUCAAUUGAUGAAGUCAAAAAGCAGUAUCGUAAGAUAUCGUUGAUGGUUCAUCCUGACAAAUGUAAACAUCCACAAGCAAAGGAGGCUUUUGGAGCACUAGCAAAAGCACAACAAUUAUUUACUUUAAAAUGCUCAACUUUCAUGUGA